UUCCAAAAGAAUUUGUAAUAGCACAGGGCACAGGCAUAGGAAUCUUCAGUCUAGAUCUACAAUACUGUAGAAAAUAUUUAUCCGUCUGCAGGCUAUAGAAUCUAGAAUAGAUCUAAAUUACUAACUAUAGUAAUAGAUCCAGUUGUUAGUUGACCUAGGAACACGCGUAGGUCGUAAUCAUUUUAAAUCUGUUAAGUCUACAAAAUGGCCAAUGACAGUGAUCCUGAAUACAGGAAACGUUUUGUUCAGAAAAUUCACACAGCCUUUGAAACCACUGUGUUACCUCUCAAUGUACUCUAUGUGUUUCACAAGUAUGAUCCAAAUGUUCUUACAAUGAAAGAUAUAGACCUAAUUAAAACGUCUUGUAAUAAUAAAGGCAAUUUUGAAGGCGCAAGCCAACUUUUGGACUUUCUCUCAAGAUAUGCAAACUGGUUCAAAUGCCUUUUGUCAGUUCUACGAGAUCCAUCUGUAAAACAAGCUUUUCUAGCUGAGCAAUUGCAAGCAAUGAAAGAUGAACUUGAUCAAGAAUUACUGCAAAAAAAGUAUUUAAAAGAGCUUCUCCCACAGCAAGAAUCCACUUGGGCCGAGCGAAGGCCAGCAAUAAGUGAAUUGUCUCCUUCGAAUCCUAGUAUGAGCUUGGAACAUGAUUCUCCAACAGUAAAUACCCGGUCUCAUGACAACUACAUAGAUCCAGUUGAUCCUGAUUAUUCACAAACUGUAAGGGGUGCAGAAGCAUUGGAUGAAGGAGCGGGGCUGGCUUUGAACAGAAGCUUAUCUGAAGGUGGAUUUCCAGCUCUGGCUGGAAGAAAAGUGAAAGUUGUAUCAGACAUCCCGGAGCGUAACUUUACAGAGAAAGAAGUUGUGGAUGCCAUAGGAGGUUUCAGUGGAUGGCAUCCAGAUAUUGAAGACAGAGAAGUUCUUCAUUUGCUUAAACGAAAUGUUGGAAUGCCUGGGCAAUAUAUUUUAUGGUUUUGGCGCAAUAAAAAAAGACCUGCCAUUUGUGUGACACAUGAUGGUGAAGUCAAGACACUCAUAGUUCAUAAAAGACCAGAUUCAAGAGAUCCUAAAAAGGUGGAUUACUAUUUCAUUAAUAAAGCUGAGAAGAUAUGCAAGACUCUUGAAGACAUUGUACAAUUUCACUUAGACAAUGGCGUUGAGGAUUUAUCAAAGAAACCUUCACAUGUGAAAAUAAUGUUUAAGAAUCCAAUUUUAUAAACUGAAGUUUAGCUUUCUGUCUCUUUUUGUGUUUCAAAUCAUGUCAUUUCCUUUGUAUCCUUGGAAUAAAUGUUGACUUAUCCUUUACUUGAUCAAUUGUAUCCUUGGAAUAAAUGUUGCAUUUCCUUUACUUGACAAAUUGUAUCCUUGGAAUAAUGUUGAAAAUUCUCAGUUUGCUUUAUACAUUUUAUUUGCGAAAAAGCUCAUUGCUCAAUAAUAAGAUAACAAUUUAUAAAGCAACAUAAUCAAGGCUCAAGAUGCUUAAUAAACCCAAAGUUAUAAAACAGAACUUUAUCAAUAUAACUACUUAAAACUAAAAUUGGAUGAUGUUCAAUUGUAAAGCCUAACAGACAAAAUAGAACUAUCAGAUUGCACAAGAUAGCUUGGCUGUAUUCAGUCCUGCAAUGACUACUGUGCAUCACAUAGCUGACUUCUUGUGGAUUUAACCAAUCGUUAUAGAAGGCCCGAACACUGACCUGUGACAUUGCAACCUGCGAGCAGGUUAGACCAACUCAUUGCCGCAUCACAGGUCUUGAUGUUGCAGUUCAGGGAAAAAAGCAAAUUAAUUAAAUAGUAUGUUUAGAAGCUUAGCAUUUUUUGGGGUUGGAUUAGCAUAUUAUGCCUCAUCAUGAAAGUACCAGAGAGUUGUUUUUUUUUAAUUCUAAUGUUAGUUGCCAAUUCUGUUUUUACAAUUAAUUUGUCUAAGUUUAAGAGUUUCCUUUAAAAAUGAAGAGUAUAAUGUCCUCCUUUAUAUUGGCAGUUGAUGACGGCAUACAGGGUUCACACUCAGGGCUAUUUAGAUGACAGUUUGAAUUGAAAUUUGUUAAAGAAGUAACCUUAGCGCAGAUUGUCAUUGAACCUAGUGUAAUACAAUGUACUAUCAUACACAUCUAUUUCUUGGCAUAAUAUUAUGAAGAAACGAAUUCUAUUGCCUUCUUUGUGUCUUGCAAAGUAGCUGUUCAUUGUUACAUUUUACUUUACUGCCUAUGUCUCUGUGUAAAUUUCAAAUUCAGUCCAUACACUUUUGGUACUGCCACUUUGUAGACAGUAUGAGCAUCAUCUAGUGUGCUUGGUUUAUCACAGCUCAAAGUCUUGACUCUUUUCUUUUGUUGAUUAAUAAAAUCAAAUGUUAUUGUUAUUAUGUGUCCCGGUGUUUAACAGAGGUAAUCUAGUUCUCGGCUGUUGUAUGUGGUAAGCAAUUUUCACCCUUACAAAUUUUGAAAGGAUGUUAUCAUUCCUAAAGAUUUAGCUUUUACUUUGAGAUAAACAGCUAUUUUUAGAAUGAUUCAUUCCAAGGAAAGCGAGUGUAUAUAUAUUUUUUUUAAUAACAUGAGCUGUAUUUACACGUUGAUAUAAUCGACUAUUUUACAGCUAAAUUUAUUUUUUUUAGUGUGAAAUGUAGUUAAGAAAGAAUUUGUAUGAUUUGAUCAUUAAAUAGUUUGUUUUUGGUUUAACUAAAUGGCUUCUUUCGUUUUAAAAACUUGAAAGAUCUGAUUCUACUUUGGAAAUUCAUUUGAUAAAUAAUACAGAUAUAUACUUUCAUAUUGCUGUUACAUUAUGCUUUCUUUUCUUUUUUUAGCUCUAUUAUCGAUUGUUAUCAUAUUAUUUAUCUUCUUAUCUUAUAUAUUACAGACAUUAAUAAUAAUAAUGAUAAUAGCUUUUAUAUAGCGCUACUUUCAUGCUUAUAGCAUGCUCAGAGCGCUAUGGUCCAAUCUCAUUUGUGGACCAGUUGGGGAAGUGUGUGGGGGGGGGGGGGUAUCUGGGAGAAGGUUUUCCAUGCUGCCUUUAGGUGCUCUAUAAACACAACUCUACUCAAGUCAGGUGUCUAUCCUCGAGCCCCCCUUCAUAGGUAGUCAAGCCAAGUUCAAGUGUACUUAGCCACUCGACCACGCUUCCCAUUACUUCAAAAAAAAGAAGAUAAUUACGUCCUAGCAUUUCAUAUUUGACUUGUUUGUGUUUUUCAGAUGUUUGGGUAAUAAUAUGAAAAAAAUGACCCAAUGGUGUUGUGUUUUAGCCAUGGAUUAGUGGCAUUGAUUGAUGUGAAUGAUUUUUAUCUUUUUUUCUGUUUUAAUUAUGUACAUUAAAAUGUUUAUCAGACUUUGUUUUUAAAUCUUUUAAAAUGUUAAUUUGUUGAUACAUGAAGGGCAGACUUAUUUUCUUAUUUGAAAGGAUGUUUGUAAGCUAUAUGAUGCAAGAUAAAUUCUACUGAAUUUUUGUACAUUCGUCAAUCGGAUUUAUUAUUGCUUUUAUUUGUAAGUAAACUUUCGGGGCAGGGAAAAUAUUUAGAGAAUUUGAAAAGUUGUUUGUUGUUUACUAUUUUUAUGACUACUAUUUGUAUUUUUUUUAAGUGCCAUAAAUCUUCAUUUAAUAUUAUUUUUUUUUAUUUAUGUAAUAUAUAUUUUUUUUUUAAAUUUCAAAAUAAGUAGCCUUAAAAAUUUUAUCUAUAAAACUAUUCUUUUUUUUAGAGCUAUUAUUUGUGUGUGUGUGUGUAUUAGUAGAGGCUCAUUUUUGUGUGUGUGAUUGGAUGCUGUUGCUACCAUAUUUAAAUUUAGCCAAACUGCAGUAGAACAAAUAAAAUUGUUUAUUUAAGUAAAAUUAUGUAGACAAUAAACAUGAAACAUUGAAAGCCAUAAUUUAUUUUAUUAAUUACCUAUUUAAAUAUUAAUGACCGACUACAAUAUAUUUUAAAGGUUAUCAUGAAAAUUAAGAGUAGAAGACAAAAAAAAAAAUCAUUAAGUCUGUAAAACCUCACAAAAAAACAGAUAUUUUAUUUCACUGUCCUUCAUUACUGAGCAGGAAUUUUUGUUUUGUGAUGAAAUUCUACUUUUUAAUUUGUGGGUCAGUAAAAAAAAAAAGUCAUUUCAAUGUCAAAAUAAUUUAACUAGCAAAAAUAAUGUUCAGUAUAAUUUAAACCUCUAUUUAUUUUUAAUUAUUAAAAGUUAUAUGUUUGCAAGUGGUUGUUAUCAUUAAGUUUAUUUUAUGAUGAUUAUUAUUUGUUUUAUUUCUAGUAUUAAAAGAGUAAAAAAAAAAUAUUUUAGCAAUAUUUUGAGACAAAUUGGUGUGUUUGCUUUUUUUUUUUUUUUUUUACAAUACCCUAUUUAAGUCACUCACAUUCAUGAAACCUGAACGCUGAUCUCAAAAACGACUUUUCUAGAAAAUUAACAGUUGAUGUAUAUUCCUGAUAAAAGAAUUAUUAGCUUGUUGGCCACACUGGGAAAACUUUAGUUUGCCCGUUAUAAGUUUUCAAAGUAAAAAAAUAAAGAAAUGUAAAUUUGGCUGGUGACUAUAUCUAGGUCUAGAGUCAACACGGCGUAGUCAUGCAUGCAGCCAUAUUACCGUAUAACUGAAUCAAUUUAAAGUUGCGUUAAUUUCAUUGAAGUUUAUAAGCGUUGCUUCUAUUUUUACGUAAACCUAAUAUGGAUUACAUCUAGAUUCUUAAUCUAGAAGUAGAUCUAGACUAGAGAGACUCUUUGAGAGUUUAAAUCAGAACUUAAGUUCUAGUGUUAGCCCUAGAUCUAGAUGUCCAUAUAAUGGAGAAAAAAAAAGUCCCCCUUUCAGACAGCCUAGGUAGCCUUUUAGAGCCGUUUACUCUUUACAGAAUUUAUUUUUUUUUAAAGUGUAGUCGAGACAUAUUGAUGACUCACAUUUAGUACCUCUAAUUAUCUAUAAUAGGCCUACUGCAGUGUUUCCCACAAACUGUGUUGCUUUCGGAACCAUAUUAGUGCUCCGCCAGGCCUGAAUAGGUGUACUUCACAAACUAUUGAAAUAAUUAACUAAUCUCCUUAAAAAAACAUUAAAAAAAUGAGCAUAGUGUUCUGCUCAAUUAUAGGCCUACUCAGACUGUACGAAGUGUUCCGUUAAGGAAAAUGUUUGGGAAACACUGGUCUACGGUAUUUACGAUAGGUUUGAUGUACAACCUGAUUAUAGUGGGUUUUUUUUUUUUGUAAGUAAAUGCCUACAAUAUAGGCCUACAUCCCCUCUAGAAACUUCCAUUGUAUUAUACUAUAAAUUGAAUUAUGUAUAUAUAAUGGUGUGUGUGUGAGCGUGUUCGUGUAGUUUUUGAAGUAACGUCUGUAUUAUAUAAGAUAAGAUGACGUUACAGGCUAAUCAUCUGUUAACGUGUUUCCUAAUAUUCACACAGUUAUUAAAACUCAUACUUUAUGUGAAUUAAUCA